UACAGCCUCGCUCGUGUGCAACCGCGAUAUCUGUUUACGACGUGACUAUAAUUUUGUGUUAUGGAGUUUUCGAUGCCGAUAGCAUUGCCCAGUGGAAGUGUGCUCGUGAAGUUUCGACUCUGGUUCUAUGCGUUGGCUUGGCUUCAUCUUGUGUUCACAGCUAUCGUGUCCCUCUCUGUCGAUAUGUCUGAAGAUCAGGAUCCUAAAGUCAGCGCAUAUAUUAAUAUCAGAUGGAAAUUAAUUACUUGCUGGUUCAAUAUGAUAACCCUGGCGUACUUCCCCGUCUGCUUAUACUGUGAUUGGAAGGAGAGGCGCGGCAUGUGGCACAUGCAACACGUGGCCACCAUUCGCCAGCUCAAAGACUACGUCAUGACCAGCAUACUCUUCCCUACCACGUUGUUUGCUGACUUCAUGUUUUGGCGCAUCUGGCAUAAAGAUUUGAGCUUGAUAGCCCCGCCGAGGAUAUUCACAUACCUACCUUACUGGGCUCAGCACUCCCUGCACACAGUCUCCAUGCUCAUCAUGCUACUGGACCUCCUCCUCGUGCCUCGACGUAGACCGAGGAAUCUUAAACCUGGGAUCUGUCUUAUGAUGGCCUUUAUGUUAACGUACAUGGCGAUGUGCGGUAUCAGUUAUCUCAACGGCGAAGUGAUUUAUUCGGUAUUCCAAAUAUUUGACACUUUCAAAUUAUUACUAUUGGCUCUAAUGGUGAUGCUGGAAUGCCUGUUCUUCUAUCUGGUACAGUGGUGCAUAGUUGACUUCGUGUGGAAUCCACAAAGCAAUAAGAAAUCGAUAAUAGAAUGUAUAGGAAAGAAACUGAAAGCUAUGUGAAUAUGCACAAUGAUUUUAGAACUUACUAGAAGGUUGAACGAGACAGAAUCAAUGAAUAUCGUACUGGAAGUUAAGGGAUUAAUUGAUAAAUAAUUAAUUCGCUUUAAUUUCUAUCAAUAUAUCUCAUAUAAGAAGGUCUUUAGGUUGCAAGGAGAACUUGAUAUUAGUUUGGAGGACAUCAACAUCCAUGAUUAUCAUUAGGUUUAAACUAAACAGCAGUGUCAGACAGGAUAGGGUUGACAGAUAGACGUGGUAAACUUCGGGUCGAAUUUUGUUAAAUUAUUGUGUAAAUUUUAUUGGUUAAAACCAACAGAUACGAAGUAACCUAUAAUAUUUAUUACGCGUAUUAAUUUUAAUCUUGACAGGAUUGCAAUUUGUAAUCGAUAAGGUCGUAUUUAAUCGGACGAUUGUAAUGACAUUCUCGAAUAAACUAAUUUUAAGCCAUUUAACCUUGGUUUUAGUGUAUCAUUGUACUUAGAGGUUAAAUAUAGUUCAGAUAUUGGUCGUGCGCAGAAGCUUUGCUGAUGGCCUCAUGACGACGCGUUCAAUGAUAGUACUGAGCAGACGAAUAAGGGACAGUCGGUUUUAAUGGGAAUGUAACCCAUCGGCAAAUCUUUUUCGCAUGUAUGGUAUUAAUAGAUAUUUAAUAAAAGCGCCUUUUAGCUAUGCAUAGCAAUUCUUUUUUAUCGAAACUUAGCAAAUCAUGAUCGCAAGAUGGCACUACCUCUUCUGUACGAAGAAACAAGCGAUAGCUUCUCUAUGUUUCUAUAUGUUCUUUAUUCUAUAGUAGAAUUUAUGAUUUGAUGAUAUUAUUA